CGCUCACACAGCCGAGGACGGCGCAGCGCUGCCGGUGACUCUCUCCGCUCCUCACCGCGCGCACCUCGGACCUGUUCGGUCUGAGAGGAAACAGGCACUGGAGCUACCUGCUGCCACGGGAGUGUCUUAUCCGCGCAGGACUGAGCAGACGUGAAAAAUCACCUGCCUGGAGGCGACAGUAAGACUCUCUCUCACACUCCAGGGACACAUUUGACAUUGUUUCCCAUUUGGAGUAACCUGGAUGCGACCCACGGCUGAGGGGCUUCUGCUGUAAAGAAGAAACCAACUUUUCUGCGCCUGAAUGUCCGGCAGGAGAUUGCGUCUUAUUUACACUCUGCGUGUCCCGAAAGAAGGAUCUGAUGCGCUGGGAUUUGGGAACUGAGUAAAACAGCUGUUUGGAUGGAAGAGUGCUGCAGCUGAGAGAGAAAGAGAAGAGAAGAGUUACUUUAAAGCGUCCCUUUAAAAAGAAGAAGAGGAGGAGUAGGACGAAGAAGAAGCUCGGGAGAGAGUUGGACAUGGAUGGUGUUGGGUCUGAAACCCGUGUGUCGGAGCAGCCUGCAGCUGGGAUGCACUGUGCACCUGAGCCGCGACGUUUCACGCCAUGAUACGGGAACGAAACUGCACCUGACCGUGAAUGUAACAUUACCUGAACCCGAAUCCACGAGGAUCUACUAUGUUGUCUCCACUGACCAGUCCUCCUGGGUUUCUGCGUGGGGUCCCUCUGGCGAGGCCUCGUCGGGACGUCCAGCACGUGCCCGACGGCAGCUGCACUUCAGGAACGAGUGGGCGACGUGGAGCGUCUGGUCCGUCUGCUCCCGCAGCUGCGGGGCCGGAGCCUCAGUGCGGACACGCACCUGCAUCACCAGGAACCCAGUGGGUGGACCGUGUGCAGGAGAUCCCAGACAGUACAAGAUCUGCAACACCAAGGAGUGUCCUCCCGGCUCUGAGGAUUUCAGAGAGAUGCAGUGUGCUGCCUUCAAUGACAGACCGCUAGUGGCUGGAAACUCCUUCAGAUGGACCACCUUUCACGGAGGCUCGGACCCCUGUGAACUGAGCUGCCUGGCCCUGGGUCACAACUUCUACUACAACUUCGGCCGUGUGCUCGAUGGCACAGCCUGCGACAAGGAGCCUGGAGCGGUGUGUGUCAACGGACACUGCCUGAAGCCUGGCUGUGACUCCGUCCUGGGUUCAAAGCAGCAGGAGGACGCCUGCAUGGUGUGUGGAGGACAAAACACCACCUGCCUGCACCACAAGAGCGUGUACCAGAGCGACGGUCUGGAGGCAGGCGGACCUUUUGGAUACAACGAAGUGGCCAUGAUACCAGCUGGCGCCACUCACAUCCGAGUCACCGAUAACAGCAGGAAUUAUCUAGCCCUCCAGAACGGUCGCUCCCAGUUUGUGAUCAAUGGCAACUGGAAGAUUAGUGUUCCGGGCGAGUACAGCGUAGCCGGGACCAAGCUGCUGUACCGGCGUUCGGCGGACACCUGGGAGAGCUUCGAGGUGCCGGGACCUACCCAGGAAGACCUCCAUCUAAUGGUGCUGGCAACAGACAGAAACCCGGGCAUCGAGUACGAGUACUGGCUGCCACCGGACCGGUACGCCCUGUUCCACGGGGGGAGGAGUCCGCUGCGUCAGGCUCACCACACUGCCAGCUACCUCCCCUGGGAUCAACCCACCACUACGACCACCACUGCCUCCACUACCACCACCCGGCCUCCCCCAGUCACCACCCGUCCCCAGUGGUUUUUAAGGCCUGUGAAGCCGCACAACCACAACCGCCACCAGCGCCCCCGUCAGCCCAUCCUGCCCCGCCUGGAGCGGGAGGAGAACCACAGAAAUCUCCUGCCUCAACCCUCGCCUGGAAGACAUUGCAGAAAAUGUCAGCGCGUUAAAGGUCGAAGGGAACGCCAGAGACAGUAUUGUCAGAAGGACUUUGUUUUCCGGGCCAGAGUCCUCGGGAAGCUGUAUAGAGGCGAGGAGACGCGUUACGAUGUCCAGAUCAUCCACACCUACCGCAACCGCUUCCAUCUGGAGCACAGGGAGUUCCUGUGGGUCCCUAAUGUGUGUGACUGCCCUCAGCUGGAGGAGGGGAAACAGUAUAUACUCAUGGUGCGUCGGCACAUCAACUAUGAGCACACGCUAAACCGCAUCCUGCUGGAGGAGGAGAGCUACGUGGUGCCGUACAGACCCAGAGAGGACGAACUGCUGCGACCGCUCGAAAGACUCUGCAGCAACAGAGGACCCAAACAGCCGGCUGAACUGCGGGGAUGAGUGUUGAGACGACGUGUGCGUGAACGUCAGGGAAUGAAGCUCACGCUGAAGCUUUAUUCACUUCCAAUGUUUCAUUUCUGGACCCUUCAACACAUCUUCAGGCUGCGUGUGAUCCAUGCGGUCAAAGCGACGGCCUGAUGGUUGCCAGAGUGGUGUCACUGGAGAGCGAUGACAGUUGGACCGUCGGAUUCAACCUCAUUGGAAACUCACCACAUUAAGAAACCAAAAAGACUCCAAGUUUAUUUAAAAGCCUGACCAGCUUACUGUACCAUAUAGAGCACUUUAGGCGGACGAUGGUGCCGCCUGUAAGCACAUACCAAAGAGAAGAACAUUGACUGAAAUGGCCUUUCUGUUAUUGCUGAUUUUACACACCUGUCAUUUUAUUUUUUUAUACUAUUGGAUUUUUGUGCGCGUAAACUUAAAGGAAAAAUUCACCUCAAAACACUUAAAACGCUACUUAAAUACCAUCAAACACAAUUUUUGUCUUUGUCUUCUUCUGCUUCUUUGUGGGGAUACAUUGCCCUAAAUCAUUUGUUAGGACCUUUCCAGAUAUCUCCAGCAGCUCAGCAGAGAGUGAGUUUGUCUUUCUAGAUCUGCCAUAACAUAACCGACGUCCAUAGCAUACAGUAUCAUUAAAUUAUGCACGAGAGUCUAGUGUUUCUGUGGUGAGGAGCAUUGAGGAUAUCAUUUAAUUUAAAAAAAAAAACCUUGAAAUGGGAAUUUUUAGCCAGGAAAAAUACCUCCAGAACCAGCUGAUCUUCCCACUUCAGCACUCUAUUUCUCCACCACAGCCACAGAAAACAAAAAUGCAAUGCAGAUACAACCAUUUAACAGAUUCUAACUCUGUUACCAGUCUUUCUUUCAAACAGUACGUGUAACUGCAGCUUAAUGCGACCAAUUCAAGUACAUUUUCUGGACUGCGUUUUUUUUUUGUUUUUUUUUUAAAGGCAUCUUGGAAGAGUAAGAAAACAAACUGAAAUAUUGCAAAAGAAAAAAAAUGUUUGCAUUUGCCAAAAAACAAAAUGUGCAGUCACAAAAUACCGAACAUCGCAGACCGAUGUUCAACUGCAUGAUAGGUUUUUAAGGUGGAUUUCUCCUUCAGCUUUUACUCAAGAUAUCUAACAACAUAUUGCUUCACUAUGUAUUUAUGUAUAAAAAGAAGCUUAAAUCAUAACACAUUACUUUUGUGUCACUUGUUUAAUGUCGUUCACAGUGUUUGUGUUGCUCCUUUGUGAUAUUCAUUUUUUUUUAUAGUGUGUUCAAUCAGAUCUGCUUUGUGAUACUUUACAUGAAAGACUAUAUGAAAUAUUCAGUAUUUUAUUGUGCGGCACUGAUUAACUGCAAAUAUACUAAACCGUAAUUGUUUUGAGAGACCUUGAAGUCUGUUCAGUAGUUAACUACUGUGCCUUUUGUUAUGCAUUUGAAAUAUCACAUUUUCUCACAAACCUCAUCUACGUGUGAGAUGAUAAAGCCCCACUUUUUCGUGAUGUAAAAUUAUCAUAGAAGUUCACAAAAAAAAAAAAACAACCACUGCAACUUAAUUUGGAAGCAAAGUUAAUUACACACGUGUUUAAGGGGUUUUUGCCAUUCAACGCGCAGCGCACAGUUGAACAAACCAGACAUGAGAACAGCAAAGUUUGUAAGAAAAAAAUGUAUUUUUACAAAAAAGUUUUACAUCUACAACAAAGGAAACACUCUAAACUAC